AUGUCGACGCUGAAUCGAGUCUAUCGGAGGAACGUUGACGCAACUUUGAUCCAGUCGACGGAAUGUCAACAUAACUUUGAGUUGAUUGACACAACGUCGAAGCGAAUUCAAUCACGUCGAGGGAACGUCGAUGCGAAUCAGAAUCUGACGAUUGAAUGUCGACGCGAAUUCGAGUCUAUCGGAGGAAUGUUGACGCAACUUGAUCAAGUCAACGGUAUGUCAACAUAA